CUCUUCACAGCCUGGCUUUGGAAUCCUGGUCGACGGGUAAAAUCCUGGCAUAGCUGGUUCAGCAGGCGACAAGCGCACCUCAGCACUCAGCACUCGGUACUCGGCGGUGGCGAAGCAACAAACAACGGAUAUACGCGCAGGAAAAUGGCGGAUUCAGGUGUAAACGGAAAAGACAACGAAGCUGCUACUGGAGAUGUGGAAGCUCCUCCCACAUACACAGAGAGGGACAAUGUUAACGCCCGGGGAGACGGCCUGCCCACUUACCAUGAGGCGUCGGCCAAUCAAGAACCUCCACCCUCGUAUGACUCACUGUAUGGCCGGAUGAAGGCAGCCAAGAGAGAGUCGGAUGGCACUGUGGGAUUCCUCAAGUCCUUUCUGGUCAUCAUCCUCUCCACAAUCGGCUUCACGAUCCUCCUGGCCAUCUUUAUGGCAGUCCCAGUCUCGAUGAUCGUAAUGGGUUCAGUUUAUCUGGAUGACUGUCCAGCUGAGAGGAUGAUUCCUAUCUACCUGAUUGUGGCGGGAGCCUUUGGGGCGGCCAAAAACCUCUUCAGCUUGGUCCAACGGUGUCGCAAGUCGGAGCAAGAAAGGGAGGAGGACCAAAAGAAAGUGAAUCCCGUGGAAGGCAUUGUCAACUGCUUUCUCUUCGGCUGGUUCAUCGCUGGUUGCGUGUUCAUCUAUAGAACGGACGACAGGUCCAGUGUGGAGACUGACCCCAACUACUGUGACCCGACGCUCUACUGGUUCGCCUUCUGGAUCACCACCGCCGCCUACAUCAUCAUGGCCGCUUCUUGCUGUUGUGUCUGCAUGGUCGGCUGUAUCGCCGCAUGCUUUGCCAAGAAGGACUAGGAUCGGCUGCAACAAUCUUAGGCGGCUGGCGAGCGUGCACACAGGACUUAACCUUGACCUUUGAGUUGGACAGCAUCUUUUCGGAGAGUUGGUUUUACUGGCGUUUUUACCCCGAAAUGAAAACUGUCCUCAACUUAAUCUUACUAUAGGGUGGAUACUCCUUAGUUUAUAAAAUUAAAAGUGACUGUCAUAUUUACCUGAAGUUUGACUUUGCCUUUUUUUUUUUUAGGGAGGAAGGGUUGUAAUUUUUCCCCUUUUCAUUCAUUUUUGUUUUGGUCAUAGGUUAAUCUUUUGUUGCAUUUCAUGACUUACAACCUCCCCUGCGGCUUGGAUUUUGGUUGGAUUGGUGUUCUACAUUUUGCUAAUCAAUUUUCAUUUCAGCAUCAUGUCAGUUUUUUUUGGGUAAUCUUGGAUAGAUUUGAAUUCCUGGCAUAUUGAUAUGAUAUGUACGCCCAAAAUUUAUAUAUAAAUCCUCAAUUUGAUAAAAAGAAAUUCCAGCAAACUCUGUCAAUUUGUUGGGUCAUGUAAAAGGGGUAGUCAUAUAGCAUUUUAGGUUUGAUUGUACUAAUAAAAACUAAUGAGAGUUUUU